UUAAAAUAUUUAAAAUUUACUUUAUAUUUUAAUAUUUUAUACAAGAGUAACGACCACCCCUGCGGGGUUCUCAUACUGUCAAGCAGCACUGUAUGUCGAGUCACAGUGACUUUCACGUUAGGGAAAGGACACAUAUUUUCAAAUAGUAUUAUAGUUAAUUUUUUGUUAUGCAAGGGAAAAGUGAACUUGCACGUGUUUGUAGCACAACAUGACUGAAUUUAUUUGGGCGGGGGAGAGCAAUUUUCCAGUGCUCUUUAAACACUAAAAGGUGUUGCACUGUGAAAAAAAUUGUAGUUGUUCUAUAAAGAAAAAGCACCUAUUGUGGUGUGCUUUAUGGUUUUUGUUGAACACACUUUGACUGCUUACGUUUUACCCCCCUUGUUAAAUCUCCCGCACCCUUUGUACUGUGGUGAAUGCUUGAAAAUCUUGUAGAAGCAAAAUCUAUUUUUUACAGAGUCAAAGCAAUCCAAGCGUUUUGUGCACUGUCCCAGAAAUGUAAAGUCAACACGCAUUUAACCAAACAUGUACACAUAAUAUAUUUAGGUCUAAGGAAAAAUGGGAAUAAAAAAUAGAAGCUGGUAUGACAAAAAGAAGAAUUAAUUAGAACGACCAGAAAACCUGCAUUCUUGUGACCACAACAUGAUUGCAAACCUUGUUUUCCAGAAAAGACUGACCACCCCCCUCCCCCCCUCCCCCCCCCCCAAGUCCACUGCGGGAGCCUUCGUUCAGAGCCUUAGAACAAGCUGACUAAAUGACCAUGGAAUCGGGUGCAGACGCUCAGCAGGGCGCUGACGCUGCUGUGUCGGAGACAGAGAGCCAGCAGAUUGCCCAGGCUCAGAUCGCCACCCUCACACAGGUGUCCAUGGCUGCAGGGCAUGUCAACUCCAGUGGUCCCACGGUCACCCUUGUACAGCUGCCCAACGGUCAGACAGUGCAGGUCCAUGGGGUCAUCCAGGCUGCACAGCCUUCUGUCAUUCAGUCUCCGCAGGUGCAGACUGUCCAGAUCUCCACCAUUGCGGAGAGCGAAGACUCGCAGGAGUCGGUGGACAGUGUGACAGACUCCCAGAAACGCAGGGAGAUCCUAUCGAGGAGACCCUCGUAUAGGAAGAUCCUCAAUGACCUGUCAUCAGAUGCCCCAGGUGUCCCACGGAUAGAGGAGGAAAAAUCCGAGGAGGAAGCAGCACCUGCCAUCACCACUGUUACCGUGCCAACGCCAAUUUACCAGACCAGCAGCGGCCAGUACAUUGCCAUUACCCAGGGGGGAGCAAUUCAGCUGGCCAACAAUGGCACAGACGGUGUCCAGGGGCUACAGACCCUGACCAUGACUAAUGCAACGGCCACCCAGCCAGGCACAACCAUCCUGCAAUAUGCACAGACCACCGAUGGCCAGCAGAUCCUGGUGCCCAGUAACCAGGUGGUGGUGCAAGCUGCCUCUGGAGAUGUUCAAGCUUACCAGAUCCGCACGGCUCCCACCAGCACCAUUGCGCCAGGGGUGGUCAUGGCCUCCUCCCCUGCCUUGCCCAGUCAGGGGGGUGCAGAGGAAGCUACUCGCAAGAGGGAGGUCAGACUCAUGAAAAACAGGGAGGCAGCCCGUGAAUGUCGCAGAAAGAAGAAGGAGUAUGUUAAGUGUUUGGAGAACCGCGUGGCUGUGUUGGAAAAUCAGAACAAAACACUCAUUGAGGAACUUAAAGCACUUAAAGACCUGUACUGCCAUAAAUCUGAAUAGGCCAAAAAACCUUCUCUGUUCUCCUUUCUGAAGCUGAGUCUUCUCCCCAUCCCCAGCUGGCUUUAAGUGCAGUACAGAGACUGCCCAGAGAUAGCCAUUUGGGUGUGGACAUGCUAUUUUCUAGAUGUUUUUUAAAGCUAUAAACUGCCUGUAACAGAAUACCUAA